AUGCACAGACGGAAACACGAGCAAUCCACACUAACAAGUGCUGCGAAGAGAAAACUUGGGAGCUUGGAACCACUCCAUCCUUGGACUGAUUCUGAUGUUGAUCAGUUCAUUGCUGUGGAUCCUGUUCAUGGACCUGCUGUGCGAGCAGCAAUUAAGGUUAAGGCCUCUGUAAUAAUUUGCUUCACUUCAUCUGGAAGGGCCGCAAGAUUGAUUGCAAAGUAUAGGCCAACAAUGCCAGUUCUCUCUGUUGUGAUCCCCCGACUCAAGACAAAUCAGCUAAAGUGGAGCUUUAGUGGUGCCUUUGAGGCCGAGUCAACAAGUGCAACAAACGAGUGGAUUCUUAAGGUUGCCCUUGACCAUGGAAAAGCAAUGGGAAUUAUAAAGUCGCAUGAUAGAGUUGUUGUUUGCCAGAAACUUGGUGAUGCUUCUGUUGUUAAAAUUAUUGAGUUUGAAGACUAAAAGUGUUUCAUCCAGCUACAGUUUUAGCAUUAGUUUUUAGGCUUGAUUUUGAUGAUUAAAAGUUUUUGAAAGGUGCAGAUGAUUCUGCCACAAGUUGAGGUUAUCUCUGCUUGAUUUUGAUGGCUGAUUUAUAUAACUCCAUUGCAUCGGAAUGAAAAUUGCUAUAUAUUGUAAAACAUAAAAAUCAAUGGGGAUGUACCCUUGAUGCCAAUUUUUUUGGAUUAAUAUCUAUAGAGGACAAAGUUGGCAAAUGAUUUUAUUGGAUGCUGUUGUUGAACCAAUGAUUGUUAAUUUUAAUGGCUUUUAUCUA